AUGAGCGAAAAUGAAGACCGAGGAGAUCCAGCAGACAUGGGUGAUUUAACAGGAGGUGUAGAAUAUGAGGAUGAUUUUGAAAAAGACCUUGAAUGGCUAAAUAAUGAAGAAGAGGAAAAAGAAGAAGAAGGAGAAGAUGAAGAAGACGAAGAAGAAGAAAACCUCGAUGAAAGAGAGGACGACAAUGAGGAAAUGGAAGAAAAUCCAGAUCAGCUUUCAGAGGCAGACGUAAAUGUGAAAGUGAGACCCUCCAAUGAAGAAAGUUUGGAAUCCAGAUCUGAUGUUAAACAGGGGGAUCGUGUAUCUGAUACUGAUAGUGAAAGCUCUAUCCAGGAAUCCAAGCUGGAAAACCAGCAGGAACUGUGUGAGGAAGAGGAUGAAGAACUAAAGCGUUACAUUUUGGAAAAGAUUGAACAAGCCAACAAACUGCUGGAGAAUCAGGCUCCUGUGGAUCAGAACAGAGAACGGAAGUUAAAAUUUAAGGAUAAGUUGGUGGAUCUUGAAGUUCCUCCUCUAGAAGAUGCUGAAGUUUGUAAAACUGACUUUGCAAGAGGAGAUGAUGUUUCAAAUAGGCUAUCUCAGUUGUGUAUUUCUAAUGAAAUGGGACAGGAAAGCACAUCACUUUCACCACAUGCUGACAAGGACGAUGAAAAGAAGGAUGGGAAAAUCCUAGUGGAAAAAGGUGGGAAGUUUGAACUCUUAAGUUUACAUGAUAUUGAAAGCCAGGGCAUUUUGCCCCCAAUAAGUGUUUCUUUUACUGAUAUUGAAACUCAACACCUGUCUUCAAAAUCUUCACCCUGUAGUCCUCCGGGUGCUGCCUCUCAAAUGAAAAAAGUACCUCCAGUAAGACCAGGAGCACAUUCUUUUUCUCCUGGUGGAGAUGACUGUGUAUUUUUCCCAAAGCCUCCAUCUUACCCAAAGCAUCGUCCAAGUUCUGCUAUCAGCGCUGCAAGAGGUCUGGGAAAACGGAAGACUCCGCAGAGGGUGCAGUCUGCAAACACGCCUGUGAGAAGCUCCACUUACUGUCUUUCUCCAAGACAAAAAGAAUUGCGGAAACAGUUAGAACAAAGGAAGGAAAAACUGAAGAAAGAGGAAGAAGAAAAGAAAAGGGAACAAGAAGAACAGAAGAGAAGAGAUAAUGAGAUGGUUUUUAAAGCUUGGUUACAGAAGAAGAAAGAACAAGUCCAAGAAGAAAAGCGAAUUCGUCGUGCAAAGGAGCUAGAAGACUUGAACAGCAGAGAGAAGAACAGGAAUCCAGAAGAAGCCUUCAAGUUAUGGCUUAAAAAAAAGCAUCAAGAACACAUGAAAGAAAAACAGUUAGAAAUGUUGAGGCGCCAAGCUGAGGGAAUUGCCUUUUUUCCAAGAACAGAGGAAUGCAACAGAGCCUUUAAAGAAUGGCUAAAAAGAAAGAGAGAAGAAAAACGAGCAGAAGAACUAGCUGCUAAAGAGAGAGUGAGGCAGCUUAGACUAGAAGCCAGAAGAGCAAAACAGCUGCAGAACAUCCACUGUAUUAAUUCAGAGCCAAAAUCCUUUCGUUUCACAAAUCAUUACAGUUGA